AUGGAAAAUCAAAAAUCAUUCUUCGAAAGUCCUCUUUUCCGCUUCCUUGCUCAACCCGAAGUCUUAUCCAAAAAAAGUUAUAUAACCUUGGAACAUAUAUUCGCCCACUAUCAAAAAGAAUGGCCGAACAGUGAAUAUUUGAAAAUAUACGAUGCGUUUUCGAAGGAUCUGAAUGAUGCACUUGAUACCAAUUUUUAUAAUAAGGAUAUAAUGAACAUUUUGAGAAAUAUUAAGAAUACUUGGAGUACAUGGAAAAAAGAGAGACUUAAACAUUUCCGUCAUAACCAAUUUGAUGUAAGCGUUACUAAAUACCAAAAAAGUGUUGCCACAGUUGUUGAAGCAGAAACAAACAAGUGGGUUGAAGAAGCGAUAAACAAUGAUCGUGAUGAUGUUUUAAUAUCCAAUAAGAGACAAAUUGAUGUUAAAGACGUACCGGAAAUGGUGCGCCCAGAUGAUGAGGAAGGGGAACAUUCAAAUAAAUGGGAUCUUAGACAGCGGAAAAAAGUAAAUUAUGCCGAUGCUUCAAAUUCUGAUUUAUCGGAAAAUGAUUCCAUUUCUCGAGAAAGCACACCAUGUCCUACAAAUAUUGUAACACCAAAUAUAGCCUUCAAAGCAGAUGAUAAAUCGAAUGCGAGAAAAAUUUUACCAAGUUUUGAUAAGUUAUUCUCUUCAGCUGACGUAAAGAAUUUUAUUGAUGAAUUAGAAUUAAAAGACGAAAGAAGUGAAUUUCAAAAUGUGGCAUCGGCAAGCACGUUACAAGCAUUAGAGGAACAUAGUUCGACCAGAAAAGCGAUUGAAGAUAUACGCAAUGUGAAAGAAGUUACUAUCUCUGCUGAUCAUGAAGCUGGUCAGAAUAUUGAAAAAAUCUCACCGUCUGAGAAUGUUCGCAAGCGGUUAUAUUCCGAGACUGAUGAGUUGUCUUCCUCUUCUGGCGAGCUUUCGGCUCAUAUAAUGUCAGUAAUGGAGAAGUAUUGUAAAAAACAAACCACUUCGAAAUUUGAUUUGGCACACAGCUUUAUUCUAGAUCUUACAUCCAAGUCAAAAAUAGAAAGUGAUUUUGAGCCAAAAUUAUGGGCUGAGCUCAUAGCUGACCGACCUGUCACAGCCAAAGCUGGAUAUUAUAAAGAAAUUGAAUCCAUUUGCGAUCAUCUAUUUGGUCCUCUUAGUAAAAAAAAACAACCGAAACUUUAUGGAUCUCGUGAUAAGUGGGAGAGUUUAAGAAAUUUAAAGGCACCAGAAUACAAUGAUGAUUUCUCAUACGAAAAGGAAGAUUGGAAGAAGAUUUUGUAUUGGGCAGAACGCGCUGUUGGACCAUUUCUUGAUGCUUUUGAAUCCGAAAUUAACCCUAUACAACAAAAUGAUUGUGGAGAAAGGGAGUGGUUCGGAGAUUAUAUCAUUCCUAUAUUUCAGGGAGCUCUGAAAUUGAACGUUUCCUGUCGUGUUCCUUGGGGGGAAGUCACAGUAAUCGCAACCGCUCGAAGAAGAAAUAAAGACAAAAAUGUAUUAGAACAACAGCUUGAACGGGGUCACCUAGCAGACUUAUUGUGUAAAAUCAAUCAACAAGAAAUCAUUUGUGGGUUGAGCUGUGGUGGCCCUCAUAAAUAUGAUCUUACAAAGUGGGACUCUGAUGAGUAUCAACUUCCAAGAAUGCUCAAAGACAUGUUAGAUGACAUAUUAGAAAAAUUUCGAAGUAGAAAUAGAUGCACAUCAAAUCUUUAUACUAUCGGAAUUCAGGGUCUUGCCCAAAAGCUAUCAUUUGAAUUGGAUGACAGAUUUGUUCCAUCUAGAACGCCCGAACGAGAUCCACCUAAUGAAAUGAAAACUGAUGCAACACCGGACAGAUCAAAAAAGAAAAGAACUUGA